AUGCCCGUGAGUGUAAUCCCUGACUGCACAUCCACCAGUGUAGAUGACAGCUUGUUCUUCUACUUCCCAAAUGUUGUGGUUUUGGAUAACCAGACUAGUUCACCAACUUUGCCCAGAAAGCUCAGGGCUAAGCCAAAUGGCUUCGUCUGGCAUCUGGAGCUGUACCAUGCCUCCCUGCACUUCUGCCUCUACUGUUCAGGUCCAUUGCUGUCUGAUGGCCGACUGACACACCUCCUCUUUCCUCUCCUCCUCCUCCUGCGGGCUCCCCUGUUGUUCAGCUUUGUUGAACGCACAUGCCCAAAUAGCUGCAGAUGUGAAGGGAAAACUGUCCAUUGUGAUUCAGCUAGUUUCCUAGAUGUCCCUGAAAAUGUCACAAUAGGCUGCCAAGGCCUUUCCCUGCGCUACAAUGAGCUGCACACCCUGCUACCAUACCAGUUUGCACACCUUGGCCAGCUUCUUUGGAUUUACUUGGAUCACAAUCAGAUCUCAACGGUUGACAGCCGAGCUUUCCAGGGGGUACGCAGGCUCAAAGAGCUAAUACUGAGCUCCAACAGGAUCAAAACCCUGCACAAUUCAACAUUUCAUGGAAUUCCUAACCUUCGCAGUCUGGACUUGUCCUACAAUAAACUGGAAAACCUGCAGCCAGGUCAAUUCCAUGGCUUAAGAAAACUACAAAACCUACAUCUACGCUCAAAUGGUCUCUCCAACAUCCCAAUUCGAGCAUUCCUGGAGUGCAGAAGUUUGGAGUUUCUAGAUUUGGGCUAUAAUCGAAUCAAGGCUCUUACCCGCACCACCUUUUUGGGGCUACAGAAGCUGAUGGAGUUGCAUCUGGAACACAACCAAUUCUCACGAAUCAACUUUUUUCUUUUUCCACGUUUAGCAAAUCUGAGAUCACUUUACCUGCAGUGGAACCGCAUCAGGGUGGUCAACCAGGGCCUUCCAUGGACAUGGUAUACACUACAAAAACUCGACCUGUCUGGGAAUGAAAUCCAGACUCUGGAUCCAGCUGUGUUUCACUGCUUGCCCAACCUUCAAGUUCUCAACCUGGAAUCCAACAAGUUGUCCAAUGUGUCUCAGGAGGCGGUGUCAGCAUGGAUCUCGCUGACUUCCAUCAGCCUGGCUGGGAACAUGUGGGAUUGUGGAACUGGCAUAUGCCCUCUAGUGGCAUGGUUAAGGCAUUUUCGGGGUACUAAGGACACCACUAUGAUAUGCAGCAGCCCAAAGUUUCUCCAGGGAGAAAAAAUUAUGGAAGCCACAAGGGACCACGGUAUUUGUGAGGAAACCGAUUAUGUUCUGACUGAAACCCCGUCACCAAUGUCAGAGCUCAUUUCUGAAGCCACAGCUGAACCAACCUUUGCCCCUACUAGCGGCUCCCCCCCUUUGCCAUCAUCCCACACCUAUGGUCCUUUCCAACCUUUCAGACCUCAGCCUAUUCCUCAUCCUACCUUUCCAGGUCACUUGAGCAAAGAUCCAAGAGACUCAGUUGCUCGCACUAAACCGACUCACAUACCACCCCCUGAGUUGGAGCACAUGACUCUGCACAAAGUGGUGGUGGGCAGUGUUGCCCUCUUCUUCAGCAUGUCCCUACUCUUGACAAUUAUCUAUGUGAUGUGGCGGCGCUAUCCAGUUGCAACCAGGUUGUUGCAGCAGCGAUCCAUGGUGGGGCGGAAGCGUCGCAGAAAGAGUCCAGAGCCAGAGCAGAACCUGAGCACCCAGCUCCAAGAGUAUUACAUGAGCUACAACCCUGCUGCAACUCCAGAGGCAUUGGAGGUGCUUGGCAAUGGCACAGGUUCCUGCACUUGCACAAUUUCUGGCUCCAGGGAGUGUGAGCAGAAUGAGUAUACGUGUCCACGCCCCCUACCUGGUGCCUGGCUGGGAGAUGUGCCUACCAUCCAUUAACCCCUGAAAAGGAAGUGCUUUCGAUUGGGUUCAACAAACCCAACAGGGAUACAAGAAAGAGUCGUUUGCAGAGAACUCAUCAGGAUCCUACCACCAUAACUCACAUUCAAGGACGCAUUUGGGAUGUUCCUUCGUGCUAACAAGGGCAACCACAAACUAGGACACAGAGGAGAUCAUACUGUCUUUUAAUUUUUCUUAAGAUUUUAUAAAGUCUUGUAUCUGGCCUGUGGUCUUUGGUCACAGACUUUGCUGCAUUCCAUUCUGCUUCAUCACCUCACAGACACUGACACACAUGUUUGUGGAGAUGCAGCCCUUUGGUAAAAAGCAGAGACUUGGAAGAAAACUUGUGAGCACUAAUGUAUGGCUCGAACCAACAUGGAAGCGCAUCAUAUAGACUAUGAUAGCUCAUUGUGUCCGAGAGGACAAUGUGGCAUUGUGUUGAACACAGGGAAAGACUGUGCUAAUAAAAAAGGCUUUAAAAAGUGUAAACUGAGCAGUGAAUCGUUGAUGAAAAUGCACUGAAGAUGGAGUUCUGCCAACACAGCGGUGUGUAAUUUAAAGUGGGUUUCCAUAUUUUGAUUUCAUAAGAAGCAUCAUGUUGUCAUCUUUCAGUGCUUUUUUUAUUUUACAGAAAGACUUAUCAAAAGGGUAGGAUGGUGUAAAUGUGCCUCACUGGAGCAGAAAAAUUAUGAAAGGAGUCAUUGAGCUUCUGUGCACCUGUCAGUAAUGAGGAAUCUGCUUCAUCAGGUGGAAAUCAAGUCAGCAGCUGGAAGAUCGUUUGAUGCCUGCGAGAACUUGCCCGAGGAAACAAACUAUCCCCCAGCCAAUGACUUGGAGAAAUUUUGUUUCGUUUUGUUUUCUUUUUGUUGGUUUCUAAGAUAUUUUUUUCCCUAAGUUGUUUCUUACUGUCACCAAACCUUUGAUAUCUACUUUGAUUUCAAGGUUUGAGAAGGCAACCAGAAGCAAAUGAGGGAAAGAAGCUCCUUUUAAGGGUAAAAUGUAAUUUUCUGAAAUUAUAAUGUUGUUAAUGUUGUACUUAAUGAAUAUGUGUUCCUGCCAUUUUCAACACCAAAUACUAAAGAGCCAAAUGGAGUGGUUUUGGCUUUUGGCUCUCCCAAACUUGGAUUCUUACAGAUCCAAGAUUUGCUCUCUAAAAAGAAAUCCACAAAAUAUAAUACAAAGCCUCAACUUCCCUCACAUCCAGCAGUGCUCCCUUACCAAAUUGGCUUUUUUUCAUGUGUGUAAUGUGUACGUCUUUGUGAAUAAAUGAUCUUGCAAGGACAGUCUUUGUUCGGAAGAUCCUGUUUGAGAGAGCACUGCUUACUUCUUAUGACUUAUGUCGAAAACAUGCUACACUUUCCUUAAAAUAAUCUGCCCGACCCUCCCCUCGAAAAGAGCCUGCUGUUGUUGCUGUGCGCGGUUCCACGUGUGCUUGUGUUUCAUCCGUUAGGAGUUCCUUAUUAUAUUUCAGACGCAUUGAGUUGUGAAAUUGUUUGUUUCAACCUUCUUUCUACACAGGAAAAUGUUCAUUUUCUAUUGUAAAUUUCUGCUUUCCCCCUUGAAUUUGUUGAUAUUUAGUAAGCAGCUGUAUUAUUUGUUCACUUUCAACAGUAUGUUUUAUAAUGAAAAUAACAACUUUAUUGUUGAGCGAUAUGAAUUGGUCAAAUUAAAAUAUUCAUCAAUC